AAGACGAGGAGUGUGGUCGAAAAGAUUGGUUUCCGUAUUUAUUCAGCAUUUGAAAUGUUCAAAAUGAUGAGGGGAACUAGUUCCUCCACGACCUCCCGAAAGUCCGCGGCCGUAGCAGACCGCGCAACCGCGAAGAAGGAAACGCUCGCCGACCAGUUGCGACUGUGUUGGCGCCGGGAAACUGCGGGCAUGUCCAUCAUUGGCAGCGAGAGUGACUGCAACGCAGUGGUGGUGUUGCUUGGGGGUGCGUCCGAUAGAACCAGCAGCAGUACAACCGGCUUGUUCUUUCAGACACAGCAUUGGAUGACUGUGGAACACGUCAAGAGACUGGAAAAAUCAAGCAACGCUCUUGCCGCAACUACUGCCGAGCCUGAAAUUACAGGUGGACGGGGACCAGCUGGUGGUGCGUCCUCGUCUGCAGCCUCCAGUAGCCGAGCUGGACAAAAUAGCGUGUUCUCCAAGUUUCAAGAGCGGUCGAAGCAGAUUCUUGCUGGUGCUGGAGGUGUCGACCCGAAAAACGUGUUGCAAGUUGUUUUGAUUCUGCUCCCCCGGCCGCCGCAUUGGGUACUCGUCAGACCGGGCAGUAAAAAUUCUUCAAAUCAUUAUUCCUCCUCUUCCUCCACCGCAGCGCUCGCUCGCGACUUCGUUUGGGAAUUUCUGAUGCCCAAUGGCGUGGUGGAGCUGGAAGCCGAAGCUGGAGUGCAGCAGGCGGAUGGACCAUCUUCGGACGCGUGGGUGCGGGAGGCCCAAGCACAGGCCUCGGACUGGGCGUGGGUGCGGGAGGCCUUGAGCAGGACUUUCACUGGCAGGCCGCCAGCAAGAGCCUUGAUGAACAGCAUUCGUACACAAUCGACAGAACAAGCAGCAGCGAGUGCCGCGGGGGGAACGGGCGGAGCCAUCGCGUCAAAUGGUGCUCAAACGAGCAGCACCGCCAUUGGUGCAGCGGAGUCAGCACAGCAUACAUCAACACAACCUCCUAUCACUGGCCAACCGGUGCCGUUUCGCUUCGACAGCACCGAUCUGGUCGCUCUGCGAGCCGAUUUUGCGAAGUUUGUCUCGCCGCCUCUCGACGUCGGAGCAGACAAGAAUAACGUUUCCUCUGGUGCAAGAACAACGCCCCCGGGAGCACACGCAGACCCCAGUCCAGACGUCCUCCGAGUCGAGGUGGCUUUACCCACGACGAAGAAGAAAAGCGGUACUACAACAAGUGGGGUCGUCGCAGACGACAACCAGCACCAGCAGGGCGAUGAAAGAACAACAAGCACUUCUAACACUAUCCCCGCAGACGCGGCUCCGUUGAAAGUGAAAUCUUCUCUACUCGCCUUCCGCACGAACAACGCACCGCUCUCGUUGCAGCAAUUUGGCGCCGAAUUUCUCGACCCCUUUCCGACCGCCGCGAUGGUUUGCACCUGGGUCUCAAGGCCGGGAAUAUUGAACGGCUCCACCAAGAAAAUUCUCCUGGUUUUGCUCUUCGCCCCAGAGCUGGAUCCCCAUGGCGGCGCGGUGCUGGCGUUUGCGAAGGAGAGUGUGCUGCCGUUUUUGAGGCAGGCGGUAGACGAGGUUGUUGCGGAAAGGGAGCAGAGUGGAGGUGGUUUCGAGAUGAAUGACAUGCAGAAUGAAAUCCAAAUUGUCCAGUACGAGCUCAAAAAUUCGCAAGAACUCACAGAAGACACACUGCAGCAUUUAAUGCGGGUGAGAACAUGAGAGGAGCUGGGGCUAUGAAGUCACAAAAUACAAAAAGGUGACAGGUAAAAACCUCGAAUAUAAUCGAAAUCCCGCAGUUUUAUUUUGCCAAUUUUGGUUGUUGGGAGGUGGUUUUUGGAAAGUAGGGGGGUUGGUUUUCGGGAGGUGUUUUUUUUUGUCGACGGGCAAAGAACCUACUGACACCGAGAGGAAGGCGCUUCGGUUUCCAGAUGAAGGCGAUUCAAUUUCUAGACGAAGGCAACUGAGUUUCCAGAUGAAGGCAAUUCAAUUUGCCGACUAAGGCGCUCAAUCUGCCAAAUUUGGUUUUGAAGAGCUGAUUUCUGCGCUCGCGUUUUUUGUUGUAAACGAAAAAAACCUUACAGAGACCUAGACCCCGCACACAAAAAGCAUCGAAACGGUGGGGCCCGAGUGAGCUUCUUCAUGACACUGAGACCUUGGCCAAACAUCGCACAAACGUGAUCCAUCGGCGCCGAAAUGCAAACCGAGGACCUUCUUGGCCGCGACCAACGAGAGCGCGCGCUGUGCGACUGCGAGGAGAUACGGGGGCCAUGCAAGUCAGAGGCUUUUCAUUUUUCAGGCAAAGCCAGGCAAUUUUCUGGCAAAUUCAUCAAAGAUUUGCGACAUGCGAAAAAUUGGCAAUUUCAAAAAAUUUGGGAAUUCUGAGGAAAUUCCGGCAAUUUUCGGGAUUAUUCGAAAAAUUUCGCUGCAAAUCUUCAAAUAAUCCCGAAAGUUUGGACUUUUCUCAUCAAAUUCCCAAAUCUUUCGAAGUUGCCGUGCAGAAGUCCUUGAGCUUUCUCCAGAAUUCGCUGACUUCCCUGCGCAUCUGCACCGAAACCCGCAAGCACCUUCGCAGAGAGCAUUUGCUCACGGAUCGCGGUGAAAAAGCUUCGCGCUGGGUUGUGGUGAAAAGGGCGAUCCCGUUUUCGGUGAGGAUGGCUUAGGUUUUUCCGAUGUUUGGCUAAGGACUCAGCGCCGUGAAAAAGCUCACUCGGGCGCUGGUGCUCAUGCGUUUUGUAGGCGGAGGCCUGAUCUCAGUAAGCUGCUUUUUCGUUUAUAAAAAAGAAAACGAACGCAAAAGCCGCUGGCUUUUCCGUUCGUAUUCUUGGUUUUCGAGAGGUGGCCAACCUCUCGAAAACCGAAGUCGGCAGAUUGAAUCACCUUGGUCGGCAAAUCGAAUCGCCUUAGUCGGGAAAUUGAGUGGCCUUUUUCUCGGUGUUAGUAAGUUGUUUUUCCGCCUACAAAAAAAAAAUAGUGGCCGGAAAACAGCCUCCCUACCUUCCCAAAACCACCUCCCGAAAACCGAAAUCGGCGAAAUAAAACUGCGAGAUUUCGACUCUAUUCAGGAAAUUUACCUGUCACCUUUUUGUAUUUUGUGCGUUCAUAGCUGGGGCAUCCACACCACAUGAUCUAAAGAUAAAAAUAUAGAAAAAUGAUCGUCCCGCGACUGCGCGGCGCCUCACAAAUUUUCUUCGCAAUUUUC